AUUCAUCUCGCUUAAUUGGGAAUUGAGAGAAUCAUUAUCUCUCGGAAAAGUUUAACACCAUGAAUCAUUAUCUUCUCGGAAAAGUUUAACACCAUUCAUUCUCUUCUACGAUUAAGGGAUAAAACAAUUGCAAGCAAGUCCUUGGGAGGAAUCAUUGGAGAUCCAUCCGAACCGUCCAAUGAAGAAUAAGAGGAGAGCAAAGCGCCAAUGGCGCGCGAAACGCAUGCUCUAAUAAGAUCACACCAACAUAUUAUUUUGGACUUUCCCAUAACAAAAAGUCUACAGAGAUGCAGUUCUAAAUAAUCUUUGUAAGAGAACUGGGAAAAUUGAUGCCUAAGCCUCCAGUAGUAUAUAAACAUGAAUUGAAUAGAUCUGCAAUGCUAAAUGCAAAAUACUUCUGCAUUAGAAUCAAUGGUUUCCGAUGUUGAUAAUAUUCACUGGCACAAAGUUUUCGACAUAUUUAAAAGCUCAGAACUACCGACUAAUAUGCUAAGAUCAUUAGAUCAAAGAACUUAUAUUAAUUAGAAGUAAGACCAAACGAAAACACACCGGCUUUCAUCUCAUCACUCUUCACCUCUUCAUUUAGCACUACAGAGUAUAGACAACCCACUUUUCCCAAAUGGUCAAUACAGAGCAUAUAUAGGGUAUGAACAAUGGUAAUUACAACUCAACUUCUUACUCCAAGAGGCACACAUGCUUUCCUUAAUCACCCACAAAUCAUUGAAUUACAUAAUGAGUUUGGUCUGGAGCUAGAGUAAUAAAGUAGCGCAAAUCCGUUCUCAUAAACUAUCACCUUAACAACUGUGUUCCUGGAUGAAGGAGGUGGUGCCAUGGUGGUUGUUAGCAUUUAUACUGUUUUAUAAUAUUGUGGUAAUUUAUCUUUAUUUUCUUGUUAGUCAUAUUUCACACACCUAAUAUUUCCCAUCCAUUGCCAAACUCAUCUUUCUUGCAAACAAAAAGAUAACCCCUUUAGCAAUGAGGUUGUAACUGAGGAAGCAGAUAUCCUCAAAGUUGUGCUAUUCUAUGUCCUUCCAUGAAUGCAUGGUUAAUGAAUAGACUUCAACUCUAAUAACCACAUCAUCCAUCAUCCCAUUGGUUAUCACUAUCCAAACCGUUACUAUAGAAACUAUGAUCGUUGAGGGUGUUGGGUGGACCGUCUGGACAACGAUGUGGAAGUGGAAGCUACCUCCGAAAAUCAAACAUUUCUUCUGGCAGGUGUGCAGCGGUCUGUUACCAACGAAAAUCAAUUUGAAGUCCAGGAAAGUUAAUUGCUCGAGUGUGUGCGGGCUGUGUGGGGAAGAAGAGGAGUCUCUGCAACAUCUUUUUAUCUCUUGUCGGGUCUCAAAGGAAGCCUGGGCAGCUGUUGACUGGAGCUGGUCGGCUUCUACUGAGGGAUCUUUUCUGGAGCAAGUGCAGCGGGAAUUCACAGUGAAGAAGGAGGACGGGCUGUGUAAAAUGAUCUGGGGGUGUUGGGGAUUAUGGUGUGAGAGGAACAAAAGGGUAUGGGAAGGAGUUGAGGUUGAAAGCAAAUCAAUACUGGUGAAGGCUAGGGUCUUUGUGGAGGGGUGGAUUUUGGCACAAAAACCUAGCUUGGGGAGAAGCUCAUCUCCAGGAGGUGUUGCUGCAGAUUGGAGAAAACCUCCUCAGGGCAGGUUGAAGUUAAACAUUGAUGCAGCGGUCAGGAGUAAUAGAUGCGGCUUGGGGGGUUUAGUUAGAAAUGAUGCUGGGGAGUUUGUAGCCGGAUUUGGCAAAAUUUGGCAGGGACGGUUAUCUCCUUUGGAAUCUGAAUUGCUGGCUAUUCGGGAAGCCUUGAGUUGGAUUAAAGGUAAGGGGUGGGAUUCGGUGGAUGUGGAGUCAGAUUCUUUAGGAGCUAUCAAGGAAAUCAUUCAAAGUUCGAGUGUGUCCUCACUUGGAGUUAUUGUUGGUGAUAUUAGAUUAUUAUUUUCUGAUAUCUCUUUUUCUUAUAUUAGACGAUCAGCGAACAGGGCGGCCCACGGGUUAGCCCGGACGGCUUGUUCUAUGUCUGAUUGUGUUUUUUGGGAUGAUUUUCCUCCUAGUUGUAUAUCACAUGUACUGAGCAUGGAUUCCAUUAAUGAUAGUUGAUCGUUUUCCUCUCAAAAAAAAAGAAAAAGAAACUAUGAUCG